AUGGCCUACGUGGUGCCCAUCCACCGGGCAAGUGGCAUUCGCCAUGCGGUGAAGCUAAACUUUAUCAGCCCAGAGGAGGACUGCUUAGUUGCUGCCAAAUCGAAUCGACUUGAAUUCUACACUCUCACAUCGGAUGGCCUGACCCUUGCAGCCACCCGCACACUCUUCGCGCAGGUAACCAUGCUCGCCCGCCUCCCAGCACCAGCGAACUCACGAACGGAUCACCUUUUCGUCGGGACAGACCAGUACAAAUAUUUCACUUUGGUGUGGGACCACAAAAAUAACGAAAUCAAAACCGCUCGCAGCUAUGUCGAUAUUUCGGAACCCUCAUCCCGCGAAGCCGAGAUGAGUCCGCGCUGUCUUCUUGAUCCCACUGGGCGCUUCAUGACGCUGGAAGUCUACGAGGGUGUGGUGGUCGUGAUCCCAAUUGUCGAGUUGACGAAGCGUAAAGGCCGAGUUUCGCAAGCAGCAUUGCAGCCUGAUGCGCCGCAGGUGGGUGAGCUUGGCGAGCCGACUGCGUCGCGUAUUGACGAGUUGUUCGUUCGGUCAUCUGCUUUCUUGCAUUCUGCGUCAAAUCAACCAUGGCUAGCCAUAUUGUAUGAGGACAAUCAGAAGAAGGUUCGGCUGCGGAUCCGGGAGCUGGAUUAUAGCCGGGCGACGUCCAGUGGGCCUGCAGAUGCGACCUUCAAAGAGGUGCAGGACAAGAAGCUAGAGGGCGGAGUGUUUGGGCAUGAGCUUGAUAUGGGCUCUUCACAUUUGAUUCCCAUUCCGGCUCCGUUAGGUGGACUUAUUGUUCUUGGAGAAACCUCGAUCAAGUACAUUGAUGAUAAUGCGAAUGAUGUGAUCUCACGCGAUCUUGAUGAAGCCACUGUCUUUGUUGCAUGGGAAAAGGUUGAUAGCCAACGGUGGUUACUAGCUGAUGACUACGGCAGGCUCUUUUUCCUGAUGUUCAUACUGGAUAAUCAGGGUGACGUCGAAGACUGGAAACUGGACUACCUUGGGACUACCCCUCGGGCAACAGUUCUUGUUUACUUGGGCGGUGGGGUUCUGUUUGUUGGAUCGCACCAAGGCGAUUCCCAGGUACUCCGGAUCGGCAGUGGAGGCUUCGAGACCAUUCAGACGCUGUCUAAUAUUGCUCCUAUCCUCGACUUUACAGUAAUGGACCUCGGAAAUCGCAAUAAUGAGAGCUACACCCAUGAAUUUUCCUCUGGGCAAGCUCGAAUCGUGACAGGCUCUGGUGCAUUCGACGAUGGGACUCUACGAAGUGUGCGAAGUGGUGUGGGCAUGGAAGAUCUGGGUAUUCUUGGUGAAAUGGAUCAUAUUACAGAUCUAUGGGGACUGCAGACCGAGGCCAGCGGAGACAUCUUGGACACACUUUUAGUCACCUUUGUUGACGAGACUCGUGUAUUUCGCUUCAGUACAGAUGGAGAAGUCGAAGAACUGGAAAGCUUCCUGGGUCUUAGCCUUGAUGAGAGCACUCUUCUGGCUGUCAAUUUGCCGGGUGGUCGAAUUCUCCAGGUAACGGAGAAGCGAGCUCUAGUGGCUGACCUGGAGAGUGGUAUGGUCACAUUUCACUGGACAUCCCCUGCGCAAAAAGCCAUUACUGCUGCCUCGGCAAGUAAUGACCAUCUGGUACUUGUUACUGGGGGUCAGAUUCUGUCCUCUUUUGAUCUUCAAAAUAAUGCACAGCUUAUUACAGAAAAAGAUCUUGGUGUGGACCAGCAAAUUUCGGGUGUGACAGUUCCAGCUAAUCCUGCGGGAGUCUGUAUUGCUGCUUUCCCCCAGUCGGCCAAAGUCUCCAUCUUGGACAUCAACACAUUAUCUGAGCUCCAAACCAAGACGUUGGGGGAGACGGGCGAGGCGUUCCCUCGGUCGGUUCUUGUGGCCAACGUGCUCGCCGAUAAUCCGCCUACUCUUUUUGUCUCCAUGGCGGACGGCAGCGUGAUCACAUUCUCUUUGGACCCCCGAAACUAUUCCUUGGCUGGGAUGAAUAGGCUGGUCCUCGGAUCAGAACAGCCAAAGUUCAAGAAGCUCCCUCGGGGAGAUGGGCUAUACAAUGUGUUCGCAACCUGCGAGAAUCCUAGUCUCAUCUAUGGCUCCGAGGGUCGAAUUAUCUACUCAGCAGUCAACUCUGAAGGGGCAUCUCGCAUAUGUCAUUUGAACGCAGAGGCAUAUCCCAAUGCUAUCGCUGUAGCUACUGCGAGUGAACUGAAGAUUGCUCUAGUCGACAAAGAGCGGACGACACAAAUUCAGACUCUCCCAAUGGGAUCAACAGUCCGCCGCGUUGCAUACUCCCCAUCCGAAAAAGCAUUCGGACUCGGCACAAUUGAUCGAAAGUUAGAGGAUGGAGUCGAAGUCGUAAAGAGCCACCUUGUGCUAGCCGACGAGAUUCUGUUUCGGCAACUUGAUUCGCUGGAGCUCGAGCAGGACGAACUGGUAGAGAGUGUGAUUCGCGCCGAAUUCCCGGCCGGAAAAGACGGACUUGGAAAUGAGAUAACUAAAGAUCGCUUUGUCGUUGGCACUUCAUAUCUGCAUGAUGUCGUCAAGGAAGAGGGAAUCCGCGGGCGGAUUUUAGUGCUGGAGGUUGAUCAUGGUCGCAAAUUGACCCAGGUCGCCGAGUUACCUGUGAGGGGUGGAUGCCGAGCAUUGGCCAUGAUGGAUGACAAAAUUGUUGCGGCGCUUGUCAAGACUGUUGUUGUCUACAAGGUGAUUAAUAAUAAUUUCGGGACAAUGCAGAUUGAAAAGGUUGCAAGCUAUCGCACAUCAACAGCGCCAGUUGAUCUGACUGUUGUCAACAACAUGAUCAUAGUCGCCGACCUCAUGAAGAGUGUCAGCAUCGUUGAGUACUCCCCGGGCGUGGCUGGAGCCCAGGACCAGCUGGUCGAAGUUGCUCGGCACUACCAGACCGUAUGGAGUACGGCCGUUGCCUCUAUUGAUGACGACAUGCUUCUCGUCGGCGAAACCCAGGGCAAUCUGAUUGUCUUGUCUCGCAAUGCGAACGGCGUGACAGAUCAGGAUAAAAAACGUCUCAUCCCGACUAGCGAGAUUGCCCUCGGCGAAAUGGUCAACCGCAUCCGCCCAAUUAGUAUCCCACAGCUAUCAACGGUGAUGGUGACCCCGCGAGCUUUUAUGGCAACCGUCGAGGGCUCCAUCUACCUCUUCGCACUCAUCAAUGCCGAACAUCAAGACUUCCUGAUGACUCUCCAGAGCGUCAUCGCCAGUAAAGUGGAGUCACUGGGUGGACUGACGUUCGAUGAAUUCCGUGCGUUCAGAACACUGAGUCGUUCUGCUGACGCACCUUACCGCUUCGUCGACGGCGAGCUCAUUGAGACAUUCCUCACCUGUGAGCCAGAACUGCAGGAGGAGAUUGUGGAGGAAGUCGGCUCUAGUAAUGUGGAAGAGGUGCGGAGAAUGAUUGAGGCAUUGCGGAGAUUGCAUUAA